UUUACCGAUCACUCUGAUCAAACCAACGUCAUAUCUUAUCCGUGAUAUGAUAAUAAAUAAAUCAUCAUCGCAACAACACUUUACAACUUCUUCAAAGUCACAGUGUCAAUGUAAAAAACCAGCAAAAUGGACGAAAUCCCGACCGAAAUCAGCAUUUUCAAAGACGCCAUCAUGGACGACAACGUUUUGAUUCAAGUGGAUGCCAUCAAACGACUGCCAGCUCUGGCCGCCACCAUGGACGCGGAGCGAACCCGCGAAGAACUAAUCCCGUGUUUGGCGAAUUGCGUCGAUGCAUUGACGGAUGAACCGAGUUUUAAUCUGGCAGAACAAUUGGAACGCUUAGUUCCGUUUGUAGGGGGGAAGGAUCAUGUGGGGAUCCUUUUGGAUAUAUUGGUGAAAUUAGCCUGCGAAGAUGAGUUGAUAGUGAGGGAAAGAGCAGUGGAAUCGAUGAAGAACAUCUGUGGAAGCUUGGAUAAAGAGCAAUGCGAAAAGUCGUUCUUUCCGGUGAUUGAGGGCAUGAUUGCUAGCGAUUGGUUCACGACGAAAUGCUCAGCCGGUUGUUUGAUAGCUAUGGCUUAUGAGAAAAUGUCACCGGAAAAGCAAGCAGAAUUGAGGAACUUUUUCCGCAAUUUGAUCCAAGACGAAUCGCCGAUGGUGCGGCGUUCUAGUGGCACUAGUCUUAUUGACUUUAUUUCGGUACUUGACGAAGAAGUGAUCAAAUCGGAAUUCGUUCCAGUCUUUGAUAAUCUGGCACAAGACGAUCAAGAUUCUGUUAGAACCAUAGCUGUGGAUGUUGGAAUCGCAAUUUCCAAAAAACUGAAAGAUUUUGAAGUCUAUGAGUACUUACUACCAACUUUUAAACAACUCUCCGAAGACGAAUCGUGGAGAGUCCGCCAAAGGAUCGCUUUCGCGAUCCACGAAAUCAACAACUCUGAAAAAAACCGCGAAGAAAUCACCAAAAUUUACUCAAAAUGCGUCAGCGACGAAGAGUCAGAAGUGCGAGUGUACGCGGGUAAAAACCUGUACAAAUUCACCAUCAACGUUUUGGAAACGUUCAAAAAGGAGGACGACUGGCAAAACAAAUUCGAGAAAUACUUCGAGGAGAACAUCGCACGUGAAAUCCACCUAAUGCUACGAGACCCCAACGAUGACGUCAGGUUAGCUCUCUCCACCAACAUUCUGUCCUUAAGUGCGAUCCUUCAGGACGAUUGCUUCAACACCAACAUUCUCCCCUUAGUGAUUGACGCUUUGGAGAAUGAAGAAUUCAUGCCGUUCAAGGAAAACAUGCUCAAAAACUUAAACUCGCUCCCGACGAACGUGGACAUCACCAAAUCCCUCAAAUCCAUCCGGAGCGUCAUUCAGAACUUAAUCGAAAACUCGCAAAUGCAUUGGCGGACUCGCAGAAACCUCCUGGUCGCAUUCAUGCACAUUUCCAAAACGGCAACCAGCGAAUUCUUCGACCACAACUUGAAAUUCUUCUACCAGUAUCUUUUAAACGACCCCAUUUACUCUAUCAGACGAACCGCUCCGUUGAUCCUCCCCCUGUUGGUCAAACAAUUCGGAAUGACUUGGGCCAAGGAAUCACUUUUUCCGAUUUUUGAACCGUUCUCAUCAGACCCUCGUUACCUCUUCCGGUUCACAGCGCUCUUCGCGAUUGAAGAACUGUUGGAACCGACCCUUGACUGUGAUCGCGAAAGCGACGGCAAGGACGGGAAGUAUUUAACCGAUUUCAAGGAAAUAAUCCAACAGUCGGACAAAUCAAUAGAAACUCUGGCAAAAAUCGUAAAACUGAACGACAAACUGUGCGCAAAGCUCGCUUCUUACGACUUCACCGAAUGUUCCAACCCGCAGGACAAUUUGAAGUUUUACGCCGAGGACACUUUGGAGAACUUACGGAAGGAGCAGAAGUUUGUGAUUUUUUCGGUCAGUCGGGACGAACUCACCGAUUGUUAUUUGGAAGGUGUUCUACGAAUGCUCGAUCAAAAUUUCAUGCACGUUAUCAAGGAACUACUCGAGGAUUCGACCCAGAAUGUCCAAGACCGUACCAAACAAACAGUGACGCUUGUUAAGCGUUUUUGUGGGAGAGUGAAACAAGAAGCGGACGAGGAUUGGGUCCAGGAAGCUUUCAAACGGCUGAGUGAAGACGAUUUGAAGAAGAUUGAAGAAGAAGUAAAUGCGGAACCGAGUGAAGAAAACGUCUCGGAAUGCGAAACGAUCGACUGUGAAAUGGUGGAAGCAAUAAGUGAUGAACAAAAUGAAAAUAAUGACGAACAAAAUGAAAACGACGGUCAAAAUAAUAAUAGUGUAAGCGAUGAAUGUGAUGAUGUACCUAAGGAAGAUAAGAAAUAAAUAAGUGUGCUAUAAAUACUA